ACCUUUGCUUUGGGGGGCCAGGGGAGGCAAGGAUUGAGACCUGAGCUGUAAGACCAACUCUGGCUCUUAAUAGCUGGAUGAGGCAGAGCAAGAGCGACAACUCACCUUUUAAUACUCCCUAACCCCGAUUUUUUUUUUUUUUUAACCCCGGUAGCACCGGUGGUAAGUGCGAAUAUUUCCUUCGUCGGUCUUGUGAGAAUUAAAUGAAGGACGUAGUCCUAGCAUAGUGCCAAAUCUAUAAAAGCUGUUCGAUGAACACAAAUGUUCUGUCUCCCUCUCUCUUGGACCUCUUCUCCGUUAUUGUGGGUUAGAAGAAGUUGAUUCUUUUGGUUUUUGGCUUUCAUCAGCUCUGGCUUUGAGUUGUCCAGGUGCAGACCAUUCACUAGUUUCACGCCUUUGUGGUGGUAAAUGUGCCUGGAGUCUUUUCCCUUCACACUGAAAUGUAACUUUUUUGCGCCUUCCUUGAAUUCACUUUCAACAUUAAACUUCACUCGAAAGAAAAAAUGACCUUCGGGAGAGAUUCUCAACGCUGCGCAAAUCAUUUUUUACAACUGAAUUCACCGUAACUGAACUUCUACCAUCGUAUGGAAGUAACUCUUGCCUUUCUCUUGUCCCUACCUCAGAAUCUUUGUGCUUGCUGAUCACUCAGCCUUCUAGCUCCUGCUACGUGCAGAAUUUCAGUCUGACAAUGUUGAACUUCUGAAAAUUAUUGUGGAAAUGUUUCUACCUCACAUGAACCACCUGACAUUGGAAAAGACUUUGUUUUCUCAAGUGUUACCACAGACUAUGAAAUUAUUUGAUGACAUGAUGUAUGAAUUAACCAGUCAAGCAAGAGAACUCUCAAGCCAAAAUUUAGAAAUCCAGAGCACCUUAAGGAAUAUUUUACAAACAAUGGUGCAGGUCUUAGGAGCCCUUACAGGGUGUGUUCAGCAUGUCUGUGCCACGCAGGAGUCCAUCGUUCUAGACAAUAUCCGUAGUCUCCCCUCCUCAGUCCUUCAUGUAAUCAAAACUACAUUUGUACAUUGUAAGAAUAGUGAAUCUGUAUAUUCUGGGCGUUUACACCUAGUUUCAGACCUUCUCCAGGCUCUUUUCAAGGAGGCCUAUUCUCUUCAAAAGCAGCUAAUGGAACUACUGGAUAUGGUUUGCGUGGACCCUUUGGUAGAUGAGAGUGAUGGUGUUUUGAAUAUGGUAAUAGUUAUUCAUUCAUUAUUGGACAUCUGCUUGGUUAUUUCCAGUAUAGACAGUGCAUUUCAUGCCAACACUUGGAAGUUUAUAAUUAAGCAGAGCCUUAAGCACCAGUCGGUUAUAAAAAACCAGUUGAAACACAAAGAUAUAAUUACUAGCUUAUGUGAAGACAUUCUCGUCUCCUUCCAUUCUUGCUUACAGCUAGCUGAGCAGAUGACUCAGUCAGACACACAGGAUAAUGCUGACUACAGAUUAUUUCAUAAAACACUCAAAUUGUGUCGUUUCUUUGCCAACUCCCUUUUGCACUACACUAAGGAAUUUCUUACUUUCCUCUCUGACUCUUGCUCUACAUUGCACCAGCUUUAUCUUCAGAUACACAGCAAGUUGCCUCCGAGCCUGUACGCUACCACGAUUUCUAAGGCACAACAGGAGGAGAUAGCAGGUGCUUUCCUAGUGACACUGGAUCCACUCAUCACUCAGCUUCUCACAUUCCAGCCUUUUAUGCAGGUGGUUUUGGACACUAAACUAGAUCUGCCGUGUGAACUCCAGUUCCCACAGUGUCUCCUCCUGGUUGCCAUCAUGGACAAGCUGCCUUCUCAGCCCGAGGGGCCGCAGUGGCUGUGGUGUGCAGACAGCCCGUGCUCAGAAGCUGCAGCCAGGAUAUCUCUGCUGAAAGCCAUUUUCUACAGUUUUGAGCAGUGUUCUGGUGAACUCUCUCUACCUGUUCAUUUACAGGAAGUAAAGAGUAAAGGGCAGGCCCAAGUUGCUGUCACCUUGUAUCAGUAUGUUUGUGUUCACCUGUGUACAUUUAUUGCUUCCUGCCAUCCAUCACUCUUUCCUGAACUGGAUGCUGCACUGUUGAAUGCUGUGCUGGGUGCCAAGAUGAUCACCUCUUUGUUAGCUAUGGAUGCCUGGUGCUUCCUUGCUCGAUACGGUACUGCUGAACUCUGUGCACACCACGUCACCAUAGUGGCCCAUUUGAUAAAAUCUUGCCCAGGAGAAUGUUACCAGCUCACCAACCUGUCAGUACUGUUGAGGCGCCUCUUCUUCUUCAUGGCCCCACCCCAUCAGGUGGAGUUUAUCCAGAAAUUUUCCCCCAAAGAAGCAGAAAACUUGUGUCUGUGGCAAUAUAUUUCCUUCCAGGCUUUAUCUGCUGACCUGAGGAAGCAAACUGCAGUUGAGGUCACCAGAGCAGGCACCACCCAGUGUAGGGAGUGGCUGAGCAGUGGUCACACAUUGGGAGAACUGGAGUCUCUGAACACAGCACUCUCUGCUUUGCUUACUGUGUGUAAUUCUGCUGGGGAAGCUUUGGAUAUUGGACAACAAACUGCAAUUAUUGAAGUUGGGAGUCAGCUUUGGGCUUUUUUAAACCUUAAACAGGUAACGGGUCAACCUUAUGUUCAACAAACAUUCAGCCUUUUACUUCCAUUAUUGGGAUUUUUCAUUCAAACUCUAGAUCCUCAGCUGAUAAGUCAGGUGGUGGCCCUGCAGCCCUCACUGCUUCAGUUACAGCCUCCUGACCAUACCCGCCUGGCAGUGCUGGAUUUUUUGUCUUCCCUGGGGAAGCUUUUUAUACCUCAAGCCAUCCAGGACGAGGUCCUGCCCAACCUCUCCUGUAUUUUUGCCUUACUGCUAGCUGACAGGAACUGGCUGCUAGAACAGCACACCUUGGAGGCCUUUACCCGGUUUGCCGAGGGAACAAAUCAUGAGGAGGUAGUUCCAUGGUGCCUCAGUUCUGAAGAAACUAAGAACAAAGUUGUAUCCUUUCUGGAAAAGACUGGGCUUUUCGAUGAAACUGAAGCCGCCAGAGUGGAACGUGUGAAACAGGAGAGAGAGGUCUUCUGGGAGCCCUUUGUUAAGGUGACUAGGGAAGAAGCAAGGUGGUUGUCUUUACAGAGUGGCUAUUACGGUAUUACCUGCCCCACUUCCCUCAUUUCGCAGCCGUGUGCAAAAAGAGCCCGUCAGGAGCCCCCCUUGGAAGAGGAGUACAGGUCGGCAGUAGAGACAGCAGCUGGGGCCUUGGAGGCAGUUGAGUCAUUGCUCCAGAAGUCUCCCGCUCCAGACUGGCUGCUGAUGAAAAUGGAGGCGCUCCAGGGGAGGAUUGAGAAGCUACGACGCUGUUUGCUCUAGGGUAGAGACUCAGAGGACCGGCCCUGAUUAUCACUAGACGUAACUGGGUACAUGCUGCUUUGUCAGCCUACAGUGUACUGUGUAAAGCAAACUGAUGUAAUGAGCGUGUUUACCUUUUCUAACACAUAAAACAGCUUCUGUAAAGUUGAAUCUAGUGAAAAUAGUCUUUAUUGGACAUUUAGAGAACAGUAUAGUUGGGGAUAUUUCUCAUUGAGAACUUUGGUACAAUGUGAUACAAGUGGAAGGGUCAGUCCACACAGGACCAUUCAUUCACUCAGAUAGUAUGACUGUAAACAAAUAAAUAAGCUGCCUAAGGAAGCCUUAGUCAUUUAAAAUCAUUUAUAUACUUUUUACAGCUAAUUUUCUCCAGUACAUCAUAGUCCAUAAUACAGCUUACUCUCACAGAGACCGGCCUCAGUCGGGUGCACUUGGGCCCUCCCCCUCCUUGGGCUUCCAGCCACCUCUUGGGGUCUCACACUGCAGUUGGCACAGACAAGAAAAGAGCUCCUGGUAUGGGAAAAACAGGCUGCCUUGGGUCUUCUUGUCCUCAGAGCCUACUUUUGAGGUAUUAAUUUGAUUAAAGACAACAAAAGGAAUCCUUUUUCCUAAAGUUUAAUUCAUACCCGUGGUCACCAGUUGUUAUCUUCCCAGUUCAGCUCCCCUUCUUCUCCCCAGCCGCCAGCCUCUUCCUGCAAAAGAAAACACACCAGGAGCAACCCGCUAAAAACCAUGCAUGUAUCGGGCACUAUGGAGUAAAAGGGCAAGAAAUAGCACACGUGAGGAACGUGCUUAGUUCCGUCAGAUACAAGACCAAAUGGGCAGCUCCUGUCCAAGAACCGGAAGGGACAGGAACUGGACAAGUGGACACAGGGAGUCUGGGGUGGAAAGGAGGAGUGUGCUGUCACAUCGUGGGGACUCCAACUGGUGUCACAAAACUAUGUGUGUAACUUUUUGAACAAGAAACUAGGGCUGUAAACUCUUAGCUAAAGCACAAUUAAAAAAAGUAAAAGAGGCCUAUCACUUGCAGGAAAGUAAAGAGUAUAAAAGGAGCCAUCACUUGUCUUUUGAUGCCAGAAUUCAUUUCUCAUAUUAAGUAAAAUACAAAAGGAAAGAUUACCUUGGUUCCAAUAUUACAAAGCCAGAUGGUAGGACAGUGAAUUCUCAAGGAUCAUAUAACCCAAUAAAAUCAGUUUGAUAACA